GCUGCUUGGUGGUUUCUGAAACUGCCUACUUAAUUUGAAAAGAACAAUGGUAGGAAAGGCUAGAUCUUCCAAUUUUACCUUAUCUGAAAAGCUUGAUUUGCUAAAGCUUGUGAAGCCAUAUGUGAAAAUUCUCGAAGAACACACUAAUAAACAUUCAGUAAUAGUGGAAAAGAAUAGGUGUUGGGAUAUCAUAGCAGUUAACUAUAAUGCAAUUGGAGUAGACCGUCCUUCUCGAACAGCGCAGGGCCUACGCACCCUUUACAAAAGGCUCAAAGAAUAUGCCAAACAGGAGCUAUUGCAGCAAAAAGAGACCCAAUCAGAUUUUAAAAGCAAUAUUUCUGAGCCAACCAAGAAAGUUAUGGAGAUGAUACCCCAGAUUUCCAGUUUUUGCCUGGUAAGAGACAGGAACCACAUAAAAAGUGCAAACUUGGAUGAGGAGGCACAGGCUGGUACCAGUUCACUACAGGUAAUGUUGGAUCACCAUCCUGUUGCUAUUACAGUGGAGGUGAAGCAAGAAGAAGACAUUAAACCACCUCCUCCACUGGUUUUAAAUUCUCAACAGAGUGAUAUUUUAGAGCAAAGAGAAGAACAUGAAUUAGUACAUGUUAUGGAAAGAUCCUUGUCGCCUUCGCUUUCCUCUGUUGAUAUGAGAAUGACAUCGUCUCCAUCUUCUAUUCCAAGGAGAGAUGAUUUUUAUCGCCAUGAGAAUGGAGAACACUUUAGGUCACUGUUAGGUUAUGAUCCUCAGAUCCUGCAAAUGUUGAAAGAGGAGCAUCAGAUAAUUUUAGAAAAUCAAAAAAACUUUGGAUUGUAUGUUCAGGAGAAGAGGGAUGGAUUGAAAAGAAGGCAGCAGCUAGAGGAAGAGCUACUAAGAGCAAAAAUUGAAGUGGAGAAGCUGAAAGCAAUUUGCUUACGGCAUGAUCUACCUGAAUAUAAUAGUCUGUAAGAUUUUUUUUCAGUCUUACAAUUUGAUAAUUUUAAUUUUGGCCAAAUUUCUUCAAUUUUGGAAUAUCCUGAAGCAAAAUACAUAUUCUUGAAAAAUGUUAUUAAUCUCUAUAAUGGAAAGGCAUUUUAAACAUGAUUUUCUAAUUAUUUAAUUUUCUUUUGAGACAUUAAAAUUUACGGAUCAGUUGGCA